AUGGAUUUCUGUUCACUUUGUGGAGAAGGUUUGAAAGUACGGAAUCGUAAGAAACGAAGGUUUCAACGUUUUGGUAUUGAAAGAAACGAGCAAAUGAAGAAUCAAAGAUGUGAAGUCACACAAUAUUUUACUGCACGUCAACUUCGUGCGAGGAAACGCAAGGAAUGGACGCGAACUUUGGACAUUGAAGGAAAUUUGUUUUGGUUUCGUCAGAAUAAUGAAAGUAGACGAAGUACUUCGGUUUGUAUUGGAAAAGUCAUUCGAUUUUCCAAGUUGAAUGAGAAUAUCAAGAUACCAGGUCAAGUUAUUGGCCCAAUUGCAGUGAAUAGUGAAGCAACAGUCGUUGAAUCAAUAAAGACGAAAGUUUUCAAUCAAGUAGCUAAUAUGGACAUUCUUCCAGCUACAAAGUGGAAUGCUGCUGUUCGUGCUACGGGAGAAGUUUUCGAGGAUAAUUCAGUCAUAGGAGUCGAACGUCGUCGUGAGAUGCUUGAAUUAGCAGCAAAGGAUUUUCCGUCAAAGUAUGCUUACUUUGUCAAAAUGACAGCUUCACUUUUGAUUCCACCUGAAGUCGAGUAUCUUAAAUUGUCAAUUCACAGAGAUUAUAUGUUUGAAGAGUCAAUGGAACAUUUAGCAUGUAUUGAAGAAAAGUACAUUCGUUCAGCUAUGCGUAUUAAAUUUCUCGAAGAAAAUGGUGUGGAUGCUGGUGGAUUACAUCGCGAGUGGUUUAUGAUACUGACGGAACUUUUCAUGGAUCCCAAAACUGGAUUGUUUCAAAUGACUCAUGGAGAAGACUGUGCAUACUUUUUGAAUUCAAAUUCUCGUUAUGAUAAUGGUCAAGAACAUUUGAUUUAUCUUUACGGAGCGGGACGAUUACUAGGACGAGCGCUACUUGAAGGUACAGUGCUUAACUUCCAUCUAUGUGUUCCAUUACUUAAGCUUAUUUUGGGUACUCCAUUAAGUAUGGAUGAUGUUAAGUACUUUGAUUCGGAUGUAUACAAGAGUAUGAUGUGGAUAUUAGAGAAUGAGAAUGUGGAGACAUUAGACUUAGACUUUAGUGUGAUGGAACGUCAAGGCUUUGGUCUUAUCACAGUCGAUCUCAUUCCAAAUGGUCAUAAUAUCGUGGUCACUGAUAGUAACAAGAAGGAAUUCUUGGAAUUGAAAUUUCAACAUUUGCUCUUGCGUAGUGUAGCUGAUCAACUCUACGUGUUUCUUCAAGGUAUAUAUGAAGUGAUUCCACAGCAAUUAUUGAUGUUAUUUGACUAUGAAGAACUUGAUUACUUAAUGUGUGGAUCACCUGAGAUUGAUGUCAAAGAUUGGGAAAGAAAUACGAUUGUAGCCGAAAGUAUGGCACGAUCACCAACACUUGGAUGGUUUUGGGAAAUUGUUCAAGAAAUGCCAAAUGAAUAUAGACGACGUCUAUUACAAUUUACUACUGGAUGCUCACGUGUACCCCUUGUAGGUUUUCAAGGAUUAACGAGUUAUGAUGGAAAAGUCUGUCGAUUCACAAUUCGUGGGAUUAUAGGUGCACCAGAUGAAUUUAUACGAAGCUAUGCGUGCUUUAAUCGGCUAGAUCUUCCUUUGGGUAUAUCACAGAUGGAGCUUAAGCAGAUGAUAUAUGCUGUACUAGACACUGAACAAUAUGGGUUCACUACAGAUUAA